AGGCAGCGGGGCGGCUAUGAGAGGUUUCAGUUUUUUCUCUAUAAGGCUCCAAAGAACCUGCGUUCUUUCUGAGAAGCAGCGAUCACGGAAAUCAGCUUUGUGUUUCAAGACACAAGGAAAGCCAAGGAAAAGACCUGAAAGCCUUUAGAGUUGCAACAUGUAAAAGCUGCAUAAACAGCCGGAGUAUUCAGCGGGGUCCCGGUGUGACAGCGGCGAGCGGCUGCUUUACCAGGAACUGCACGUUGUGCCAGGAAAGGUGUAACCAGUCUUCCUCUACAAUGGGGAACAGCACCAAAGUGGAAGCUGGACCGCCCCAGGCUACUGUAAACUACAUCCUUGGUGGCAUCUUGACCAUCACAGUGCUGGCCAUCAUCUUGCUGGUGUUGCUUUGGAUUAAGAAAUAUCGAACCUUGCUCCGUACCAUUCAGGACCUGCGUGGGUUAGGGGCGAUGAUUAACGUUUCCCCUCCCGAGUCGCCGAUCACGGCUGUGCCCAGCCUCAAGCAAGUGGAGGAGCCUGCUUCAGAAUCUCCUUUGAAGAGACAGAGAACUAAGACUUCAUCACGGUUGUUAUGGAAACCACCUCAGCAGGGCCCCCGCUUCACAAAAGCUGACCUUAACCUGCAGCAGCUGAUCAAAGCUGGGAAGGAGGGGGUCUAUUACAAAGCAAAGAUGAACCAGGGAACCUGCAAGGGCCACUCCAUAUUCACCUGCAAGAUCACCAAAGAGGGUAUCCCCUCCAAGCGGGUGCAGAUGGAAGUGUCCAUCAUGAAGAAGUUAGUGCACCACAGGAAUGUGCUGCAGCUACUGGACUGGAACAUCACCGAGGAGCCCUAUGUGCUGCUCAUGGAGUUUGUGAAUUAUGGGACCCUUCGCAAUUUUCUUCAGUUGAAUCAAGAAACCCUUCACACCAACAAGGACCUACAGCAUCUCUUCACGAUUGCAUCCUAUCACAUUGCCCUGGCCAUGGAACACCUACACUCUAAAAUGGUGGUUCACUGUGACCUGGCCCUGAGGAACAUCCUGGUGCACCAUUUCCCCAUGGAGGUGAAACUAGCUGAGUUUGGGCUGGCCAGAGACCUGACUCGCAUGAGAAGCCAUCGGAGCAGCCGCAAGAAGACCGCCAGGGAGAGAGUUCCCCUGCGCUGGUACCCGCCGGAGUUUUUCAAGAACAACUACUACAGCUUCAAGGGGGAUGUAUGGGCCUUCGGCAUCUUACUGUGGGAGAUGCACACUUUUGGUUUUUAUGUGGCAGGCACCUUGCCAUAUCCCAGUCUGGAGACAUCAGAGGAGGUGGUGUAUUAUGUUUGUGCUGGGCAGAGGAACACGGAUCCGGAGGGGUGCAGGCCAGAGAUUCUGCAGAUGAUGAAGGACUGCUGGCUAGAGCUACACUCCCACAGACCUUCAUUCACAGAUAUCGUGAGGAUCUUGGACAAUAUCCUGGAAAAUGACUCUGACUAUGUGGAUGUGGACUAUGAAAAGCAGCUGGACCCAGCAGAACCAUGACAGCAUCAAGCGGUAGUGAUGGGGACAAUUACACAUAUAUCAAGUCUGAUUCAAGACCACAAACUUGAAGGACAGAGUCUGAGUCAAGACAGAGACUUGGGGGGUGAGGGGGAAUCAGUAUGCAGCCAAUGCAGCAAAUAAUAGAUUAAUUUAUUUUUUAUUGAUUGUAUUUUAUCUUAUUAACAUGUAUCAUUAUUUCAAGAGGAGUAGGAGAGACCGGACUCAAGUACUACAACAUUACCUAGUGGUGUAAACUGUGAGGCUUUGUCAACAUCAGACCUGCAGGGAUUCUCCAAGCAGAAAGAGCCUUGGCAAUUAUGCCUGAGAUCCCGCAUGGCAUCACUAUAGUUUAACACGGAGUUUGACGAGGAUGACAGAGCGACCCCAUCUGGACUCUUGGGUGCAGCUCCAAUUCAGGGCAAGAUAAGUGACACUGUAAUGGAACAUUACAUGACAGUGGGCAGUGGUGGCUUAAUGGUUAGGGAAGUGCACUGGUGGUUGAAAGAUCGCAGGUUUGAAUCCCCGACCAGCAAAGUACCGCCCCCAAGUACUGCUCCCCGGGUGCUGAAUUAGCUGUCCCCAGCUAUGUUACAUAUGGAUUAAAUGCACAUUUUGUUGUGGUGCGUCGACAAUUAAUCCCUAAAUUAGUAGAAUGCCGCAGCCAGGUCCAGACGCCUUCCUGACCUUGUUGAUGCAUUUCGCUACAUGUUGUACUUUGUAUGACUAUGUAUGCGACAAUUAAAAAAUCUUGAAUGUUGAGAUGCCUCAGUGAUGGAAACGUAAACUUGCACUGGACUGUAAUCUGAUUUGGAAGUUGCCCCUAAGCCAAGAUCGAAUCAAGAUCAAGAUUAAAAUCCUUUGUUGUCUCUCAGUCAUAAAACCUUUUUAUUUCUGUCUCAGAAUUGUCUGUUUUUAUUUCUGCCUCAGUUGUGUUCAAAGCUCAGGCUGGGUUGCUUAGUGGAUGGUAGUAUUACUCUGCAGUCUGUGGGUGGAAGCGAAGCAAGACCUUCUCCUACCACCCUAUUAUUAUUAUUAUUAUUUCUGC